UAGUAACGCGUAUAAAUGAAAAGGGAUUUUUUUUCUUCUUCUUUUUUGUUUUGAAAUCUAAAAGGGUGUUUAAUUCGUCCACGUGAUAGGGCAAAAUCCAUCGAGGUUGAUGGAUCUCAAAUCACCAAAUAGUCCUUCCCUUAAAAAAUGGGUUUGACCCAUAUAUGGUAGCAAACAAAACAAUAUCAGCAGAACCACUCAAACUCACAAGCUUCUUGUCCUCUUAUGGGACUUGCAGUUAAAUUAAAAAAUAAAAAAUUCCCGAAAUCAUUAAUUUAGAAAUGUAUUUCAAUGUUAGAAACACAUUUAAGAAAAUCAGAAGUUGGUGGCCCAUGGGUCCAGCUGUACUGCUCAGCUAGACAGAGAGAGAGGGAGAGAGCUCACGUUUGUUGUUGUAGUUGUUGUUGUUCUUAUUGUAAGGGGAGGUGGUUUGGUGUUUCUUUGUUUGUACUUGCAGAGAAGUAACAAAAAGGUUGUUUUUUUUUUUUUGGGGGUGGGGGUACAUGUUGGAUCAGAUUUAAUGGAGUGAAGACGAAGUUCAAAGAUGAAAGAGCUCUCGAUCUGAGAUUAUCUAACUUUGAUUCUGGAUUCUGGCUCUGGCUGCUGACUUUAUCUAUGACUGCGUGUUUCUGAGAUGGAACAAUCUUCGAAUGCUCAAAGGGGCAUCCGAGUUCAAGCUCCACUGGUUGAUUCUGUAUCAUGCUAUUGCAGGGUAGAUUCAGGCCUGAAAACUGUUGCUGGGGCAAGAAAAUUUGUUCCCGGAUCAAAGCUUUGUAUUCAGCCUGAUAUCAAUCCUAAUGCACACAAGAGCAAAAACUCACGACGGGAAAGGACUCGAGUGCAGCCACCCCUCCUGCCUGGCCUUCCUGAUGAUCUUGCCAUUGCUUGUCUGAUCCGAGUCCCUCGUGUUGAACAUAGAAAACUCCGUCUAGUUUGCAAGAGAUGGCGCCACCUUCUGGGUGGAAACUUCUUUUAUUCUCUUAGGAAAAGUCUUGGAAUGGCAGAAGAGUGGGUUUAUGUCAUCAAAAGAGACCGUGAUGGAAGGAUUUCUUGGCAUGCCUUUGAUCCCACCUACCAGCUAUGGCAGCCACUUCCACCCGUCCCCAAGGAAUACUCUGAAGCAUUGGGUUUUGGCUGUGCGGUCCUUAGUGGUUGCCACCUCUACUUAUUUGGAGGAAAAGAUCCACUUAGGGGAUCUAUGAGACGGGUCAUUUUCUACAAUGCACGGACAAAUAAAUGGCAAAGGGCACAGGAUAUGCUUCGAAAACGUCAUUUCUUUGGUUCUUGUGUCAUAAAUAACUGCCUGUAUGUGGCCGGUGGGGAAUGUGAAGGAAGCCAAAGGACUCUCAUCUCUGCUGAAGUUUAUGACCCUAACAGGAAUCGGUGGAGCUUUAUCUCAGAUAUGAACACGGCUAUGGUGCCAUUUAUCGGGGUUGUUCACAAUGGAACGUGGUUUCUAAAAGGACUCGGGUCUCACCGUGAGGUCAUGAGCGAUGCCUAUUCUCCUGAAACUAAUACCUGGACCCCUAUUAGUGAGGGGAUGGUCUCGGGUUGGCGGAACCCUAGUAUCUCCUUAAAUGGACAGCUCUAUGCCUUGGAUUGCCGGGACGGAUGCAAGCUUAGAGUUUAUGAUGGCACCACAGAUUCUUGGAACAAAUUUAUAGAUAGCAAGCUCCAUCUAGGGAGCUCUCGUGCUCUGGAGGCGGCCGCUCUUGUUCCCCUCAAUGGGAAGCUUUGCAUAGUCCGUAACAACAUGAGCAUCAGCCUAGUUGAUGUCUCUAGUCCAGAUAAACAUGUGGAGAGUAACCCUCAGCUUUGGGAAAACAUUGCGGGGAAAGGCCAUUUCAGGACUCUUGUCACAAAUUUGUGGUCAAGUAUAGCAGGCCGAAGUGGCUUGAAGAGUCACAUCGUGCACUGCCAGGUGCUUCAAGCAUGAGAAUCACGGUUCUCAAGCUUUGCUUAUGGAAAGACUGGGAAGUGAGAAUUGAAAUAUCUAGGGCAAAACAUUGAUUUAUUGGAAUCUCCAUCGUCAUUUAUGGUGAGAGAUUCAACAGAUGAUGUUUUUUUCAUGCAGUUACAAGGCGAGGUGACUUCCAUUGGUUCUGGCAAUAGAAUCGAGGUCAUUUCUUUACAUUCUUGAGAGAGAGAGAGAGAGGAUACUUGUAAAUCUUGUUAUUGGGGUUAGGGUGGUUGUGUAUUUUGUUGUGGGAUCUUAUCUUGGUAAUAUGUAAUCUUGAAGAUGCUUUGUGAAUAUAUAUGGUCUAUUAAAGAUAGAUAAGUCAAAUAUACUUCAAUUGAUCUA